AUGACUAUGUCCACUGCUACUGUUCAACUUUUGAACAUAUUGAAUAAUUUGCUAGAUAUUUGUACUGGUGUUUCCAAUCGCAAAUCUUCAAUGCUGGAUCCCAUGAAGGAAAUUCAAAACCAAAUUAAUAGAAUUAUCAAUUCCUGCCAAUUUCUGAUAAAUUACAAUUCCAACACUCAAGAAGAUUUGUUUUCUAUUAUGAGAAAUGUGGAUAUUUUAACCCAUUUUAAUAAUAUUUUAUUCUCUAGUAUUAAAAUUUUAUUAAACCAAAAGAUUUCAAAUCUGUCUCUUUUAAAUGGUGGGAAACUAGACUUUCUUUAUUCUAUCUUAAAUAUUUAUUCAGCUUUAUCUCAAUUGAUCAUUAAUAACACCACCGAUAAUGAAGAUUUCCAUAGUUUGAAAAAACUUUUAAUGAGUUUUGAACAUCAAUUUCAAAUAAAUUAUAAUAUUAUCAAUUGUAAUACUUUAAAAUUUGAUCAAGUCAUCGACUUAUUGAGUUAUAAAAAUGAAAAAAUUUCAACAUCCAUAAUUAAGUUAGAAGAUAUCUCUGUUAGAGCUUAUUUUAAAAUAUCUAUAGAAAAAUUUCAUUUUUCAAAUAUUCUAGUGGAAAUUUUCAAAUUAAAUAACGGUGAAUUGGCUAUAUUUAAAGUCAAUUGCCAAAAAUUACCGUAUAUGACAAAUUCUGGUGAAAAAUUAAUUAAUGAACUGAUAAAUGGUAAUAAUAACUUACUAAAUUUGGGAAGAUCAUUAUUAUUUCCUUUGAUUCGUGCAAGUGAUUUAGAAAUUGUAUCAUAUUUGAAAAAUGGUAUUCAACUAAAAACUAUGACUGGCAAUGGCGUAGAAAUCAAAUUGACUUGUAUUGAUCCAAUUCAAUGGGAAACUUUUUGGAGACUUUACUUUAAUAAAUUAUUUUCAAUGAAUUAUAAUCGCAAUGAAAGAACUAUUCCUAAUAAUAAUUUAAAACAGUGUAGAUCAUUUAAUCAAAGACAAGUACGUUUAAUAAAUUCGACUGAUUCAAAUAAUUCAGGGUUGUUAUUAAAAGUUCCUAAAUUAAACAAGAAUUCUAAGAACAAUUAUCCAACUGCUCCACCAGUAUCUGCCCCUAUUACUGUCAAUGAAUUAGAAAAUUCUAAAAUGCAAAUUCAAAUAGAUAAAAGCAAUGUUAGUGAUACUGAUCAUAUUAACCCACUAACAUAUAGUAACAAAAACACUGGUUCAUUCUCAUACUUACAUCGCUCUAAGCCACUACAAGAUAAUCUAGAUUCUUAUAUAUCUAAAAAUAAAUCACUACCAAUUUUAUUAAACCAUUUAGAUGACCCACCUUCUUCUUUAUCAAUGGAAGCUAGUAAGAAAAGUAAUACGAUGCUUGAUAAAGUUGCUUCAAAUGAUUCUUUUGCUAGUACUAUCAAUCAUGAGAAGUUCGACCAUAUGCAUUCAAGUAAUAAUAAUAAAAACUCAACUUUUAGUAAAAAUAAUAAUAAUCAAAAUAAACCAAAUUAUAGACCACUUACCUGUACUAAUACUGAGCCCACUCAAAAACAAUAUACAUCAAAAAAUUAUUACAGAAAGUAUAUUCCAAACAAUAAUAAUAUGUUAAACAAUAAUAGUAUGUUAAACAAUAAUAGUAUGUUAAAUAAUAAACAUAUGUUAAACAUUAAUAGUAUGUCAAUUAAUAAUCCUAUGUUAAGCAAUAAUAAUAAUAAUAAUAAUAAUAAUAAUAAUAAUAAUAAUAAUAAUAAUAAUAAUAAUAAUAAUAAUAAUAAUAAUAAUAAUAAUAAUAAUAAUAAUAAUAAUAAUAAUAAUAAUAAUAAUACAUUAAAACCUAAUAAUAAUCCGUUUAGAAGAAAUACAUUUACUGCAAAUUCUAAUACCAUGAAAUCCACGACAAACUACUCGAGUAUAAAUACUACUCAAUUAACUAAUAAUUAUGAUAAAUUUCCAAAUGAUAAUGAAAAGCAACCAAUACUUACCCCUAACAAAAUAAUUGAUAUUGAUUUUAAAUCAAUUAAUGAAAUUCGUAAUUUAUCUAUAAAUGAUACCCAUAAUAAAAUUAAUGAAGAGAAUAGCGAAAAUGCAGAAAGCAUUAUAUCUGAAGAUGAAGAAGAAAAUCAAGCUGAUGAUGAGGACGAAGAUCACUCUACAUCCGAUAAUGACGAAUCACAGCAAGCACAAUCCACAAUACCUUUCAAUCCCGAAGCUUAUAAACCAAUGCUAAGUACAAGACCAUCUCUGUUAAGUCUAUUUAAUUCACGCAACAAAAAGAAGCUUAAUAUCGAUACAACAAAAAAGGGAAGCAAUAUAAGUUUAUUUAAUAAUGUUCAAACUCCAAGCUCUGCAAAAAGUGUUUACUUUAUUAACAAUAUCGACGAUGCUGAUUUAGAUAUCCCAGAAUAUAUUUCAAACGUUGAAAAUGAAGUAAUUUAUCAAAUAAGUAACAUCAAAUUAAGCAAAUGGAAUGAAAUGAGAUGGGAAUUAAUUAGCAAAUUAGAAUUAAAACUAGAAUUGAUCAGGAUGAAAUCUGAUAAGAGAAUCAUGAUGAUAAUUAAGAAUGAAGAAGGUAAUCAAGAAAAUAGUAAAAUGCUUUAUGAAAUCAAUAAGAACUGUAAAAUUCGUAAAAGUGCUGGUAAGGAUCUUCAAAUUGCCUUGCCUGCAUUAAACAAGAUUAAAAGUAUUACAUCAGACAAUACCAAAAUGAAUAUGUAUAGCAUUCGAAGUGUUAACGGUGAACGUAUUAUGAAUAUGCUCGAGUGUUGUAUUAGUGGCCAAAUUAAUAAUAACCAUGAAUCUCGCAUGCAUACUUCAAGCACCACGACUACUAUAUCGACUACAAGUAGUAGUAAUAGUGACAAUAGUUAUGGAGCAUCUUCUGCAACUGCUUCUACACAUUCAACCGAAGAAACAUCUAAUGCAAAGAAUUUGGAAAACAUUGAUUCUCAUUUAUUAUUAACCAAUGUUAAGGUUAAACAUUAUAUGAAACAGAAACAACAAGAUAAACAAAAUGGCCAUAAAUGGCAAUUUCAGAAUGUUGGAACAAUAGAAUUAUUCUCUAAAGAAAUCAAAAAUAUCAGAAUUGGUAUUAAAAUCGAUAUUGUAUAUUAUAACGAAAAUACGAAACAUAGCUUUAUUUGUCCAAUUAAUAACAUUAGGAGAAUUAACAAAAAAGGUAUUUGUUUUAAAGAUAAUCAAUAUUUUGAAUUUAAUAACUCUAUGAUUGCAGAUCAAAUUUAUAAUUUGGUUUGUUCAAGAAUAUGA